AUGAAUGCCCCGCGACCUAACGGAUCUCUACAUCCCAAUGGUAGAGGUUCAAAUGAUAUUGUGAUCAGAGAAGGAGAAGUACCCUGUUGCCAUCAAGUUCCAGUUCAAGGUAAGGGAAAGAAUUUGUUGGUUGAAAGUAUGGCUGGGAAGAAAAGUUUGGGUGUGAAAAGAAAUCCAGACGACUUGAGAUCGGUGGAAGCUCUGAAGGAAGGUGAAAAUGUGGAGGAUCGUAGUUUAGAUCUUGUGGAUCCUGAAAUCCAGAAGAAUAAGAUUAAUGAGGUUGCUGAAGCUUGGUCGAAACCGAAACCAAUCAAGAUAUCAUUCAAUAGGUAUCAGGUUGAAUUUUUAGAGGAUGACAUUGCUGUUAAAUUGAAUGCAGAUAUGGAGGAAAAGAAUUCUCAAAUUUUAAAGAACUCGGUGGUGAUUAAAGUAUUGGGUAAUAAUGUGCCUUUUUCGAUUUGUAGUACAGAAUUGAGAAGGCAAUGGAGAAAAUUUGGUGGAUUCCACUUGAAGUCUAUUGGUAUGAACUGGAUUUUGUGUUCAUUCCAUAAGAGUGAGGUGGUUGAAGAAGUUUUGAACGGUGGACCCUGGUAUGUGAACGGAUCCAUUGUUGGUAUGGAUAGGUGGUCGGCAGCAUUUGAUCCGAAUACAUUUAAAGGAGUUUCGACACCAGUCUGGAUUAGGCUUCUGUGCCCGCCUCUGUAUUGCUGGGAUGAGGACAAUAUUGCAAGAAUUGCUUCUUGCUUGGGCCCGCCAAUGUACAUUGAUGACAACACUUUCCGCUGGGGUAAAUGGGAGAUUGCUCGUUGUGGUAGAGUGGGCCAUAACAGAGAUAUCUGUCCAAAAAAUGUAGCCAUAGGAUUACAGAAUCAAGAUUUGAAGGAGAUGGAGUUAGUUAAUGAUAAUAGUGAGAAGGUUGUGCCUGACAGUAAAACUUCUAUGAUUAGCUCUGAAUAUGGUCCUUGGAUAUAUGUUCACUUCAAAAAUAAGAGAGGCAACAAAGAAAUAAAAAUGAUGAAUGAGGAUACUAUUGCUGGACAUAAUGUCCUGGUUCCAAAUAUUUCUUCUGAAACUGAAAAUCAUGUUGGGAAAAAUAACUCAGAUAAUGUUCUAACCAAUAGAUUUGCAAUGCUGAGUGACAGUAUUGAAGAAGAAUGUAUGCAGAAUCAUGCUGAAAUUGAUAAAACAGAUGUAAGAGGCUGGGAAAGUUUGGAUGCUAAUAUCAGUAACAAUGGUUUGGGUUCACAUAGUGGUGCUGCCAAGAUUAAGCGGUCCAAGGAAUUGAGAUCAUUGGGACCUGUGGAAUUGGAUUAUAAGAAGAAGAAGAGGGGGGCUAGGAAAAAAGAAGCAUCCCUAUAUUUGAAGGACAUUGUUAGAGAUCAGAUUGUGUAUUUUAUUGGACUUAUGAAGACCAAAUUGUCUAGCAUUGAUAGGAGAGAUGUUGAUUAUCUUAUUGGAAAGGAAUGGGAGUAUUUUCAUUACCCUGCUGUGGGUAUUUCAGGAGGCAUUCUGGUGUUAUGGAAUAGAAAUUUGGUAUCUUUUGACAUUAUGGAGGCAUCAUCUCAAGCAAUUGUGGGUAGUCUUUCAGUUCCCAGCUUGGGAACGUGGAAAGUUUCCACGGUUUACGGGAGUAGAUGUUGUAAGGAAAGGGGGAGCUUGUGGAAUCAACUUCAGGAUUGUAUGGAAGAUUCAAUUCCUUCCAUUAUUGGAGGGGAUUUUAAUUGUAUCAUUAACAAGGAGGAAAUGAGAGGAGGCAAAAGGUUCUUAUUUUCAGAAGGACUUAGGGAGAAGAAGAGCUUUAUGGUAAAUUCAGAUUUUCAUGAUAUUGGAAGUAUGGGACCAAGAUUUACUUGGUGUAAUAACAAGGAGGGGACCUCUUGGAUUUGGGAGAGAUUGGAUAGAUGUAUUCUAAAUUUGGAUGCUAUUCAAAAGCUUCCAGUAGCUACUAUCAAGCAUCUUGCUAGAGUAGUGUCUGACCAUAGUCCUAUUGUUCUGAAUAUGAGGAACAAAAUGCAGUGCAAGGCCAAAAUCUUUAAGUUUGAGGACACUUGGAGAUCAUACCCAGCAGCUAAGAGUAUUGUUUAUAACUCUUGGAAGAAGAAUGACUAUGGUGAUGAAUAUAUAAUCAUACAAAGGAAGCUCAACCGUACUUUAAAGGCCCUUUUUUUCUGGAAUAGAAAUAAGUGCAAGGAUUUGAAUUUGUUGAAGGAAAAAUUAAAAAGGGAGAUUCAUGAUAUUCAAAAUAAGGAAUAUUUGGAUGAUAAUUGGUCGGUUGAUGAUCUUUUUGUGUUGAGGAAAAAAGUUCAUGAACUGAAUAUUACAUUGAGGCGUCUAUCUACUUGGUGGAAUCAAAGGGCAAAAGUAAGAUGGCAUGAGGAAGGAGAUACGAAUUCAAGGUUUUUUCAGAAUUUUGCUUCGGCAAGAAGAAAUGGAAACCGUAUUAAUCAGGUCAAAGAUGAGUUCAAUAUGAUACAAGUGGAGGAAGAUCAAAUUGAGAAGGUUUUCAGUAAAUUUUUUGAGAAGAAGUGGAAGUAUAGAGAAUGUGAGCUGACGGGUUGGCCGUUAGUUGAUGAAAGCCAGAAGGUGAAUGAUGAAGAUAUGUUGAUUCUUAAUGAGGAAUUCUCUGUCAAUGAGUUGCAGCUCUCGGUCUUUCAGCAGGGAAACAAUAAGGCGCCAGGUAUUGAUGGAGUUACUACUUCUUUUUAUAAGACCUAUUGGAGUAUUGUUUGGGAAACUCUUUGGAGUGCUGUCAAUCGCCCUAUCAGCCUUUGUCAGACUAAUUACAAAAUCGUGGCUAGUAUGUUAGUUAACAGAUUGAAGAAAGUUAUUGGCAAGAUGGUGUCUGAAGAGCAAGCAGCAUUCAUUACUGGAAGAUCCAUAUCAGAACAUUCUCUCUUGGCUCAGGAGGUUCUUCAUAAGUUCAAAUUAUCCAAGAAUAAGAAGGGGUUGAUGGCUAUUAAAUUGGAUAUGGAACAUGCGUAUGAUAGUAUGGGACGGAUAACACUUCGUCAAGCUCUUAAGUGGUAUGGCUUUCCUACUAUGUUUUCUAACUUCCUUAUGGAAUGUGUUGUAGAUGUGAGGUUUUCUAUCAUCAUCAAUGGAAGGAACCCCAAAUGGAUUUGUGCUCAAAGUGGUUUCCGUCUAGGAUGUCCACUUCCUCCAUAUCUCUUCAUAUUGUGUUCUCAACUCAUUUCCAACUCUUUGGAGUAA